AUGGGUGGCAGCUCGCCGCUGCCGAUGGACAUAGCUAUGGACACUAGCUAUCGAAUAAUGAACUGGUCGAGGAAACUUUAUCCAGCAAUUCUCUUGGUGCUGUUCAUUGCCGGAUUCGUGACGUACGGCAUUGUCAAUGCACCCGACGACAGUAGCAAUGUGCAGAUUCAUUCUAUGAAAGGACCAGGAGGACGACCAUUGCCUCAACGACGGAAGUCUGCCAACCAGGUCAAGCAAGCAGCGGCUGUCAAGGAUUUCUCAUCGGCGGCAAAGAUAUCGUUCAAGCUGCUUCAGACCGUGGUAGUCUCCACCUUUGUCGCGAAUGGCGUCUUCAUACUACUCCAAUGCCUGGCGGAGCGAGAGAAACGGUGGUGGCCUGGCGAGGCAUCCAUCAUCUACGUGGUUGGAUCCUUUUUCGUCUGGUCGAUAGUGCUGAUCAGUCUCCACGAGACAAAGCCGUCGCCAACGAUUGUUUUUCUGUUGGUGUGGCUGAUUUCCUUACCGCUGGAGCUGUUGAUUCUCGGAAGCAGCCUGAAGAUCUACAGCGUUCCCCACCACGAGCCGACUGUAGGAGAUCAACGGGGAGGGCCGCUGCGUGACAAGAUAACGCCAUGGGAAGCGAUCGAGGUCAUUGUUGGAUUCAUUCGUAUUGGUGGACUGCUUGGCAUGUCAAUUCUCUACAUCAUCUUCAGCUUAACGUCGAAUAAGACAGGCGAUAGCGACGGCUCAUCUUCCGAGACUGCGCCACUCCUGAAUGGCGGCAGUGACUCGGCUCACACGCACACUAACGGCAACGCCUACGGCACACCCCAGGCUCAGGAAUCUAAGGAACACCAAGCUGGAUGGGCAAAGUCAGCCGACCCUCCCACGGUGACCUGGUACCAGUAUCUACGUGGCUUUGCAACGCUGUUACCAUAUCUGUGGCCUAAGAAGUCUCUCAAACUCCAAGCACUUGCUGCAGGAUGUUUUCUGAUCAUGAUAUCUCAGCGCGUCAUCAAUGUAUUCGUACCAAUUAUGACAGAGCGCAUCACCGACGCACUCUCCGGCGAGGAUGGACAAGGCGUACGUGCUCCUUGGCUUUACAUCGCCCUCUACGUCGUUUUCAGGUGGUUACAAGGUGGUCAGGGCAUCCUUUCUGCGGCGAGGACCAUCAUGUGGAUACCUGUCGAACAGUACUCCUACCGAGCCAUUUCGACUACAGCUUUCGAACACGUUCACGGCCUCUCUGCGGAGUUUCAUACGGGCAAGCGCACCGGCGAGCUCAUAUCGGCCCUCAACAAAGGCACUUCCAUCAAUAGCUUUCUGGAACUCGUCACCUUCAGUGUUGGACCAAUGAUCUUCGAUCUGGUCGUCGCUAUCGUCUACCUCACUCUCACAUUUGACAUCUAUUUGGGCCUCGUCGUUGCUAUCACUACUGUCGCUUACAUCUACGUUACCAUCCGACUUGCCUCGUGGCGGGUCAAGCUGCGAAGAGAAUAUGUCGCCAAGGACCGAGAAAUGGAAGCAGUAAAGAACGACUCGCUUCACUCGUGGGAUACGGUGAAGUACUUCAAUGCUGAGGCUUACGAGUUCGAGCGUUACAGGGUGUCGAUAAAAGAGAUGCAAGGCUGCGAGUACUAUGUGCAACUUACAUUAUCGUUUAUGAACACCAUCCAGGGAGCACUAUUCCUGUUUGCGUUACUGAUUGCCUGCUUCAUUGAAGCAUACCAAGUGGCGGAAGGCAGCCAGACCGUUGGUCGAUUUGUCUUGCUCAUCACCUACAUGUCACAGCUGCAACAGCCGCUGAACUACUUCGGCUCAUACUAUCGGACUGUCCAGAACAACCUCAUCAACGCAGAGCGCAUGCUGGAGCUCUUCAAAGAACAGCCGAUUGUCACGGACAAGGCCACGGCUACACCGAUGGAGAAGUGCAAGGGAGAGUUGUCGUUCGAUAAGGUCACGUUCUCCUAUGACGGCAGGCGCGACGCGGUGGCGAACCUAUCCUUUCACUGCCCAGCAGGCACAACGACCGCCCUUGUUGGCGAGUCCGGCGGAGGCAAAUCAACGGUCAUGCGCCUUCUCUACCGCUACUACAAUCCGAGUUCAGGAAGUCUUUCUGUGGACGGUCUUAAUGUUGAGGAUGUGACCAUUGACAGUCUCCGCAGACACAUUGGCGUCGUGCCUCAGGAUUGCAAUAUGUUCAACGAGUCCCUCAUGUACAACCUCAAAUACGCGAAUCAGGACGCAACAGAUGAGGAAAUCUUCAAAGCCUGCAAGGCAGCCUCGAUUCACGACCGCAUCAUGGCAUUUCCCGACGGCUACGCCACGAAGGUUGGCGAGCGCGGUGUGCGGCUUUCCGGAGGCGAGCGUCAACGAGUAGCUAUCGCUCGCACCUUCCUCAAGAAUCCGAGAAUCACAUUACUCGACGAAGCCACCGCUGCACUCGACACUGAUACCGAAGAAAAGAUUCAAGAAAGCUUCGCUCAGCUAGCGGAAGGCAGAACCAUGCUCAUUAUUGCCCAUCGGUUGUCCACCAUUAUCAACGCCGACCAGAUCCUUGUUCUGCACAACGGCAGUGUCGUCGAACGGGGCACCCACGAUGAGCUCCUCGCCACUCCCGGCGGUCGCUACGCUAGCAUGUGGCGCAAGCAGAGUAGAGCUCAGAAGGCGAAGGAAGAGGCAGAGCAGCUCCAUAACCAGGCGCGGCGGAAAAUCGAAGAAGCCGAAGCUGAAAGUGCCAGUGUCAGCGAGGACGAGUCGGACAUGCACGCCGGCGCCAGUAGGAGAACAGCGGCGAGUCGGAACAGCAGCAGACCAGGCAGCAGUCGCGGCCAACGAGCUCCCGGACAGAAGUACGGACACAAGAAAGUCAACUUCAGCCAGAGCAGCCUGGCGAGAGGUGUAUGGAACGCAACCGAGGGCGAUGUCGAAGCACAGUCGGAGAACGACAGUGAUCCUGCAUCGACGCAGGCAUUGGCGCCCGUAAAUGGCAACAUCCCCAAUGGGCAGCAGGAUCGAUCCGGUGCUUCGUCGCCGGGACGUACACCACAACCUCCAGCGGAGAGGUCGGAAGAGGAGAAGAGGCGGCGAGAGGAGAUGCGUCGUGCAUACCAAGCUAAUCAGACUGACGAAGGCGGAAGUAAGUGGCUUGGGGGAAUGCCGCCAGGCCAUCCUUAG